AUGAACGGCUACGACGAGAAGCGUCACCUAGACGAAGACGCCUUUGGCGCCAAGGGGAGCAUAGUCAGCGCCUUUGACGCUUUCCCCAAAUCCAAACCCCAAUACGUAACCCGCACCACCGCCGGCGGCAAAUGGACCGUCUUCGUCGCCCUCGUCUCCUUCAUCCUCUUCUGGUCCGAAGCCUCCCGCUGGUGGCGCGGCUCGGAAUCGCACACCUUUGCCGUCGAAAAGGGCGUCUCCCACGCCCUCGACAUCAACCUCGACAUUGUCGUGAAGAUGAAGUGCCAAGACAUCCACAUCAACGUGCAAGACGCGGCGGGCGACCGCAUCCUGGCCGCCUCGAGGCUCCAUCGCGACCCGACGGUGUGGCAGCACUGGGUCGACAACAAGGGGAUUCACAAGCUGGGACGGGACGCCCAGGGCAAGGUGGUUACGGGGGAGGGGUACAUGCAGGGGCAGGGGCAUGACGAAGGGUUUGGGGAGGAGCACGUGCAUGAUAUUGUUUCUUUGGGCAGGCGGAAGGCCAAGUGGGCGAGGACGCCGCGGUUGUGGGGGGCGACGCCGGACAGCUGUAGGGUUUUUGGCAGUCUGGAGUUGAAUAAGGUCCAGGGCGACUUUCAUAUUACGGCUAAAGGGCAUGGAUAUAUGGAGUUUGGCCAGCAUUUGGAUCAUUCUGCAUUCAACUUCUCCCACAUCAUCUCCGAGCUCUCCUUCGGCCCUUUCCUCCCCUCCCUCGUCAACCCGCUCGACCAAACCGUCAACAUCGCCUCCGCCAACUUCCACAAGUUCCAGUAUUUUAUUUCUGUCGUCCCCACCGUCUACUCGUCGUCAGGCAAAUCCAUUGUCACGAACCAGUACGCCGUCACGGAGCAGUCGCAGGAAGUCACGGAGCGCAUCAUCCCGGGCAUCUUUGUCAAGUACGACAUUGAGCCGAUUCUGCUGAACAUCGAGGAGGAGCGGGAUUCGUUUUUGGUUUUUCUCAUCAAGGUCGUCAAUGUCAUUAGUGGUGCGCUGGUGGCGGGUCAUUGGGGGUACAGGAUUAGUGAUUGGUGUCAAGAGGUGUGGGGGAAGAGGAGGAGGAGAGCCGGUGGGCCGAGUGAGGGUAUGUUGGGUGGGAAGGGACAUGAGCGUGAUGAUUAG